UGAUCCCUCAGGGCUCAAGUUGCAAGGGGGCGGGCCUGGGCGGAGGUGGAGUCUCCCGCCAAUUGAAGCCUCGGCUAUAAAUUGAGCUCUCCGCAGGGCGAAGCCCAGAUGCCUCGCCAGGCCGCCUCGCGGUUGGUGGUCGGAGAAGGCGAGGGGCCCCCGGGGGCCACGGGGCCCACGGCCACCAUGCUCCGCUCCCUGCUGCUUCACUCCCUGAGGCUCUGUGCCCAGACCGCCUCGUGCCUCGUGCUCUUCCCGCGCUUCCUAGGCACGGCCUUCAUGCUCUGGCUCCUCGACUUCCUGUGCAUCCGCAAGCAUUUCCUGGGCCGCCGCCGCCAGCCCGAACCCGAAGUGGAGCUCAAUAGUGAGGGCGAGGAGGUGCCCCCCGACGACCCACCCAUCUGCGUGUCCGACGACAACCGCCUGUGCACCCUGGCGUCGCUCAAGGCCGUGUGGCAUGGCCAGAAGUUGGAUUUCUUCAAGCAGGCACACGAGGGCGGACCAGCGCCCAACUCGGAGGUGGUCCUGCCUGAGGGCUUCCGGAGCCAGCGCAUCCUAGACUAUGCCCAAGGGAACCGCCCACUGGUGCUCAAUUUCGGCAGCUGCACCUGACCACCGUUCAUGGCGCGCAUGAGCGCCUUCCAGCGUCUGGUCACCAAGUACCAGCGCGACGUCGACUUUCUCAUCAUCUACAUUGAGGAAGCACAUCCUUCCGACGGCUGGAUCACCACAGACUCCCCGUACAUCAUUCCCCAACACCGGAGUCUGGAGGACCGGGUCAGCGCAGCAAGGGUGCUGCAGCAAGGUGCGCCAGGCUGCGCACUUGUCCUGGACACCAUGGCCAAUUCCAGCAGCUCGGCAUAUGGCGCCUACUUCGAGCGCCUCUACGUCAUCCAGAGUGGUACCAUCAUGUACCAGGGAGGCCGUGGCCCAGAUGGCUACCAGGUCUCAGAGCUGCGCACUUGGUUGGAGCGCUAUGAUGAGCAGUUGCACGGCACUCGGCCCCGUCGGUUGUAAGCCAACAACGGGUCAACUGACUGAACUUGGUGAGCUGGGCCUUCGGGCCUUUGAAGCCCACGUACAAGCACCCCCAAAGGAAGUCAAGCUUGGCGAGGUCCCCAGAGCAGAUACAAUGAGCUGCGGAUCUUAGGCUGAGCCUGCCUCCCAGGGACUUCAGUGACUGUCUCUCACUUAUACCUACCUGGCUUGCUUGAAAUCUCCUUGGCAGCACUGAUGCGGUGCUCACCACACCUUGUGUGCCCCCAGGACUUGCCCCUGCAGCACUUUUCACACCUCCCCAGAGCGCCUUUAAUCAAGCGCCCAGCUUUUCAGAGCGCAGAGACCUUGGCCACGCCUCGCGCGCCCUGAGCGCAGCUGGGUUCCUGCAGCGCUCUAGGCUAGCGCUAGUUGCCUGGCACCCACCUGUCGCACGCAGGGAGCCCUGCUGCUUUGUGUUUACUUCUUGUCCCUGAGUCUGGGGGAGGGUUUCUUCGGGGAUGGGGAAGGGUGGGCAGGGUGGUUUCUCCCUCCCCCCUUGUUUUAGGCGCGCACGAGCCCCACUGCUGAUGACGAACUAUCUCUAACUGGUCUUGACCACGAGCUGGCUCCGAACUGCAGGAGGCUCGAAACAGCGCCUAAAGCGAGGUGGGGAGAGUGCUCUGAGUUUCCGUGAGGAAAUCUCCGCAAAUGGGGUGGGGGUGGGGGCAGGUGAUGGUCUGUUUUGAGGCCUGAAGAAGAUGGCAGGAGGGGCACUGGCAAGGUUCACAGCGCCCCAGAGAGAGAGGGAAGCUAGGACUCCUUGGGGGAACAGAGUUUGGGCGGCAGAGUCUGGAGAAAGGGAGGAGGGGGACAGCCUGGGCCCGAGUGAGGUUACUCCUAGGCAAAGCUGCUCAUUGAGGGACCAGGGGAUGGAGGGCCCUGAUUCAAAGGCCAUCCAGUGAGUGUUUGGCUGGAAAUAUUCCCUGUACAUAAACUUCUUUUAAGCUACAAUAAUAAAGGCUUGAAGUAAACUGCU